AUGGCGAUUGAUGGUGGCGAGCGUAGCUGUGGUGUACAUGAGUUGAUCUGCGUCAGAAAAGUCUCUCCAGAGGCGCUUGGAUUUUUGACAGCCAUUGGACUCUUCAUUAUCCUUAUGACUCUCCUUUUCUGGUACCUUAACAACAAGUUGCCCCUAGAGAAUGCAGGGAGCCUUCAGUGCCUUGAUGACUUCAGGAAAAACACAGAACAGCAAGAUGAGGUUUAUGAUAAUGAUGAUGAGCAUGCUUCGUCAUCAUCAGACAGUGAGGACGAAUUGAUGGGUCAGUAUCAAGAAGCAGUCAGCCGGGCUCAAGGUCUAAGAGGAGGAGCCAAGGUGUCUACUAAUGUCAGACAAGAGGGACGAUUCAGGUGGGAGAACCGACAGAAGUACAGCCCUCUGAUGGCUGAUUAUGACGGCUACAGUAGCGACGCCUCAGCUGAUGUUGCUAACUGUAUCCAGAGGAUGAGGCGGACACCUCCCCUGGAUGAACUCCAACCUCCGCCAUAUCAGGAUGAAAAUGGAUCCCCACGGAUGUCUUAUACACUCUCAGACCUGGGUGAUGCCAAGUGUGAUCUCUCACAAACAAGUGGUAGCCCUCACCUUUCCUUUCGCAAAUGCGCCAGCGAGGGAAGUGAUGGCCAUGAGACAGAGAGUUAUCUCAAUAAGGGCUAUGAAGAAGAUGUACCCAGCGACAGUACCGCUGUCCUCAGCCCAGAGAUGUCUGCCCAUGGUUCAGUGGCACAGCUCCUGAAAAACUACGAACCGGAUCAGGUUGCAAAAUAUGGCACUCUCGAUGUUGUGUUUGACUAUGAUUCAGAAGAGCAGCAGCUGGCGGUGACCAUCAUGGCAAUAACAGACCUUCCCAUUCAAAAACACACUGGAAACAUCUCCUGGCAAGUCCACCUAGUUCUGCUGCCCACAAAGAAGCAGAGGGCAAAAACAGGAAUCCAAAGAGGCCCAUGCCCUCUCUUCACAGAGACCUUUCACUUUUGCCAUAUGGAGUCUGAGAUGAUUGGCAACUAUGCCAUCAGAUUUCGACUUUACAGUAUGCGACGAAUGAAGAAGGAGAAGGUGCUGGGGGAAAAUGUGUUUUAUCUCACCAAGCUCCACCUUCAAGGAAAGAUGACUGUGCCAGUCAUUUUAGACCCCUGCUGCAUUCACCCAGGUGCUGAAUCCCAAAUAAGUCUCUCAGACAUGACGUGCAGUGAAAGCGCCUCAUCAUUCCCUUCAGUCAGUCAAUCUUCCACACCAGAAAUCCUGGUGGGCCUUGUGUACAAUGCAACAACAGGACAUCUCUCUGUGGAGGUCAUCAAAGGAAUUCAUUUCAAGAACCUAGCUACUAAUAACCCACCCAAUGGGCUGUUCUGUUGUCUAAAACACUUGAUAGGUGGACAGGUUUAUAUUAUCAGAGACACAUACGUUAAGCUGACCUUACUGAACUCCAUGGGCCACGAGAUGUCCAAGUGUAAAACAUCUAUCUGUCGAGGCCAACCCAACCCGACCUACAAAGAGACGUUUGUCUUCCAGGUUGCCCUUUUCCAGCUAUCUGAUGUAACGCUCAUUCUUUCCGUUUACAACAAGCGCAGUAUGAAACGAAAGGAGAUGAUUGGCUGGAUAUCUCUUGGCCUCAACAGCUCCGGAGAGGAAGAGCUCACCCACUGGACAAUGAUGAAAGAGUCCAGAGGACAGCAGGUUUGCCGCUGGCACAGUCUUUUAGAAUCCUAA